GUGACCCAGGCGAGCAUGUAUUCCUUCAACAGCAUGCAGCCUCACCGGGGGCGUCCUGUAGUCUUGUGGACCUCAGUCGAUUUUCAGCGUUCUGAGGCCAGAUACUGGACAUCUGGGGAGACUUAUCUGCCCAAACACUCUUGGGCAUCACUGUGUGUUCGAUCUAGUAUGGAGGUGUUGCGUGCCUGGUUUGGGCGUGCUGGAGUGGGAGCUUGGCGGUCAAGGAAACAGGUGGUGUGGGCAGCAUGUGUUUUGGUAACUGUAGGCGUGGUUUACCUGCAGUAUGCUCCUGGGGGACCACUGGAUCACCCUUCAGCUCCAAGACACCGUGCAUUAAACACACUUUACACUUCUCAUGAAAGAGACGGCCAUGGUCAAGGCUCGGCUGACAGUGCUCACGUACAACAUGUAAAAUUUGUAACGGGCAGUGAUGCCCAGCAACCAGGUGAGUGGCCACGCCAUCAGGAAGAACAGGACAAUCGGGUUGAACAUCAGCGUGAAGAUUGGACACACCAAAAUGAAAAUGUAAUUAAUGAAGAAGCCAUACCUUCAGAUCCUGCUCAAGCACAACACCGUCUAGCAGUUGAAGUCCUCCAACGGAGAGUUGCAGAACGUAAGGCACAAGACCAGCAAGCAGCAGCAGUACCAGGAGCGGUUAUGUUACCCCAGCAAGACCCACCACCUGGUGGUUCCUGGGGUGGAGGUCAGUAUCGCUAUAAUCCCUAUGGUGAGCCAGUUUAUGGGCGAACAGAUCGACCCAUUUAUAUACCACCCCACCGUGUUGUGCAUUUUGAUUUGAAGGGUGCUCCUCCCAAGAUGUCAGCUGUAAUGCAACUACUACCAUGGAUAGCCGGGCAAGGAGCUACAGCAGUGUUAUUGGAAUAUGAGGAUAUGUUUCCAUGGCGGGGCCGGCUAGCACAAGUUGCUGCUAAAAAUCACUAUUCUAGGAAACAAAUUGCAAACUUGGUAACAGCCUGUCGCAAUCAUGGGUUAGAAGUUAUUCCUCUUGUCCAGACCUUUGGCCACUUGGAGUUUGCCCUCAAACAUGAGCGUUUCUCACAUCUACGUGAAGUUCCUGAACUUCCACAAGCUCUGUGCCCAUCUCUGAAUGAAUCACUGUGGUUGGUUCACUCCAUGGUGGACCAGGUAAUGUCACUUCACCCAGGUGCUCGUUACCUACAUAUUGGCUGCGAUGAGGUGUACCAGAUAGGAGAGUGUGAGAAGUGUCGCUUGGUAUUGAGAGAAACACUGUUUCUACAACAUGUUGAAGCUGUGGCAAAAUAUGUUCGUAAGAAGUAUGCUGCAAUACCUCUGAUAUGGGAUGAUAUGUUGCGCCAUGUUUCAGAAUCUGCCAUGCAAGAGGCUCACUUGGGUGAACUGGUAGAGCCAAUGGUAUGGGUGUAUGCAGAAGAUGUGUAUAGGUUUGUUCAGCCAUCUGUAUGGACCAAAUAUAGCCAAGUGUUUUCUCGUGUAUGGGCUGCUUCUGCUUUUAAGGGUGCAUUUGGUGAACAGUUGACAGUGCCUAAUGUCCGUAGACAUUUAGAUAACAACCUUAACUGGUUGGAUGUCAUGGCUAGUGAGGCAAGUAAAUUUACAGCUGGUUUUCGUGGCAUUGUUCUCACAGGAUGGCAGCGUUAUGACCACUUUGCUGUCCUGUGUGAACUGCUUCCAGCAUCCCUUCCAUCACUUGCAGUCAAUCUAAUUGCAGUUUCCCAUGGCUAUUUUAAUUCUUCUGCUCAGGGACAACUUUAUCAAGCUCUUAAUUGCAUGCAGACUCCAAAGUAUCAAACAUGGCUAAAUUUAGAUGGUGAUCCAUACCUCUGGGAUAAAUUUUCUUGGUGCUUCUUCCCUGGUGCCCAGGUUUUUAAAGUGACAGCACGCCUUGAUGCUACAAGACGAGAUGUUGACUCCUACAUUGAGCGUGUAACAAGGAGCCGUGCAUGGAUCACAGACUACAACCGCCGUCACAACUACUCAUCGCCAAUGAGAGUAGACGAAGAUCUUGAAGAAUUACCAGCACGACUUCAUGCAGUAACACUUCUCAUGAAAACAGCUCGUGAAGCCCUGGCUGAAUGGUAUGAUGACUGGACAGUAGGCGAGUGGUUGGAACAGCAUGUAUGGCCAUUACUAAAACGUUUACAAACACUUCAACGAGAGGCUGAGAGCAUGAAAGCUGUUAGGUACUGGCCUGCUCGACCUCUGCCACUUCUGCCAGAACUUGCAGCCUUUGGAAUUUCUGAUCCAACACCCAGCAAUGGCCAGAGUGGACAUGAUACAGAUGGAGGUGGUGGAAGAACAUAACAAGUAUGUUGGUAUUUACCAACAUUGAAUUGGCUUUGGGAGACCCCUUACCCUUCAUACUGGAGGACCCGGGCCUCCUGCACAUGGUGAAAGACAUGUGAGAGUUGUGGAAUUUCAAGUAUUUAUUAUAAAUAAUGAUGAAAUGUGUCUGUAAUUAUUUUGUAUAAAGACAAAGUUUAUCAGAGUAUUGAGAAUGUGUGUGUCCAUAGGUAAAUCAUAAUAUACAUUAGUAGGUUUGGAAGAAUGAUGUAACCCAGCUACUACCUCCACAACAGCUGUAGGAGUCAAGAGCCACAGCACUUCUAGUAUUGGUAACUUUGUAGCAUUUCCUUAUCUUCCAGGAGAUUUACAUUAAUUUCUCUAUAAAACAUCUCUUGUGAUGAUACUUGUGCACUUAUGGAAAACAUAAUUUAAUUGUCCUUCCUGCUUCUAGGCCUGUCACAUAAUGUAUUUUUGUAUGUCUGAUUUAUGAUAUGCAGAAUGUCAUUUGGAUACAUGGCCAUUAUUUUUGACAUAUGUAAUUCUCCAUCUAAAUAACAAAUCAUCCAUUUUUCCUCUUAACAUUUUUGAAGGGCUCUUGACUCUGCCCACUGUGGUUAAGGUAACAGCUACGUAACUACUGUAUAUGAGCAAUAUCUGGGGCGGAUCCAGAAUGUGGUUGUGGAAAUGUAUACAGCAGAUAUUCAAAUAAUUUACUUCUCUUUUUUUUUGACAUUAAUGAUAGGUGUAUUGACUGUAAUUAAUACUGUAUUACUGAACUAGAUUUAUGACAAAAUACUUUACCAGUACAGUACUGAUACUGUACAAGUUUAAAAUUUUUAGUAUUUUCAUGUGACCCAUUGAGUAUUUGACAAGUGAACAAUUUAAUUUUAACAAUGUGAUCAAUGUAAUUACAUAAUUAUAAUAUGCAUAGUGUUUGCAAGCUCAACUGUAUUUUUCAUUACAAAGGGCAAAAGAUAAAAAUUGACAUUUAACCUCUGGGUAUGCUGGGGGAUAGCGGAUGACUCCUGAGAAAUGGAAUUAGACAGUCAUAACCAAACUUAUGGGCAUAGAAGAACAUUUCCAAAUCAUGUAUUGAAUGACAGGUCCUCUGACCUUCAAUACAGGACCCUAUAUUCUGGUUGGUAGCAGACUCAAAUAUCACCUUUUGUGAUACAGUAACACCACAAUUGCAAUUAUGCUUCCUUCAAACUUGCUUGUUUAUGACACUUGUUUAUAAUUUUUAUUGGGAUUUUUAAAGCCAAGACUUCAAAAUGUCCUUUUAUGGGUGCAUUUUGGCACUCAGUAGGAAUAAUCUAAAAAAAUUUGUUUCACAGCCAAAGGGUUGCAAUUACUUAGUACUGUUUCUCCAAUGAUUGUUCUGUUAACUCAAGUUACCAUGUAACUUAAUCAAUGUAAACUUCAUUGAUUAUGCUGUUUGUUUACAGUACUCUAUGCUCAGAAGAGUGACAAUUGAGAACCUUGUAUUUGUUCAAGAAUAUGGCUAAUGAAUAGCCAUUCAAGUGUCAUGUGUGAACAAAAUGUGGAGGUCCUUUAAAAAGAAAAAAAAUAUUGGUAUUGAAAGGUGGUGAUGGUAUUUUACUGUAAAAUAUCUGCUUUGAACAGUUUAGCAAGACAUACACCUGGUUUUGGUGAAAGCUUUUCUUUAUAUAUUAAACCCUCAGGAUCCGUCCCUGAUUAUGUAGCAGUUUGCUCAAACACGGCAAUCAACCUCGAUUAAUGGACGAAACAUGAUCGUCAUAACAAUCAUUCCCCAUAUCUUCCCAUGAUAACCUCUCUCUCAUUUCUUUAUGUACAACAUUUAUGUUUUUGUCAACUUUAGUUUUGUCAUUUGAGAACUCUCUUAUCUAAUUCAGAAUCUAGUUUGUUUGAAUUUAAAACGUUCGCAUUUUUCAGUGUGACUUUGCAAAUACCUCACAAACUUGCAUUUCAGUAGCCUUGUUCAUGCAUCUUUAUGACUGCGUUAAAUAUUUGUCAAGUGUGCUUUAAUAAUUUGUUUAUCCUAUCAUUUAAAGAGCAUUUUGAAGAUAUGUUACUGCUCUUAUUUUCUGAGAAAAUACAGCAGUAAUUUCAUAUGACAAGCAGCCAGCGCAGCUCUUAAAUAAUCUGUAAUUUGCAGUGGGAUAAGGUCUGUUUCAUUAGAUAUUAUAGUGUGGACUUUUGAGAAAUGUGUGUUAUUAUUAACAAAGUAUUUAUAUUAAUUACUGUGGGUUAUGAAUAAAUAAUUGGGAUAUCCAUUACUGUUGUGCAUUUCUCAAGUCAGUUAUUAUUUGACAAUGAAAGUUGAGCAUCUUGCAAUUUAUUAAUUCAGCACUGUAUUUUGUUUCAACAUUUCAGAAUAAGUUGUUAGUUUUUUACUGUACUGUAGAAAUAUUAAUAUGAAGUAAAAUUUAUAAUGCUCCUCUGUAAUUAUAAAUGAUUGAUAAGUAAAUGAUUUUUAACAUUGGAUAAAAAACAAUAUAUCUGUAUAGUAUACAUGUAUACAUAUGUAACUUAAGUAGAGUAUUUUUGUAUUUAGUGUUUGUAAUUGGAAAGUCCUUGUCCUGUAAAAUGCAACCCAAUUAAAAUUUUUGUUGACACCUUUUCAAAGACCUUUAUAUUGUGCAUAUGCAACACUUUGCCUUGCUUCUGCAUUGCUUUCACAUAUAGAAAUGACCUUGGCUAUCUUGCUACUUUAUAUUAUUUCUUUCAUUCCAUCAGUGAUGUAACAUUACCCUUGGUUUUAAUCAUUAGAUUGGCUGAGGAUACAUUUGCUAUGGGGAAAAAUAUUUGCCUUACUGUUUAGAAAUUAAGACAGCCUCGAGCUAAAUUUUAGAAACUUGACACUACCAUCAGUUUUUGCCAUAUCCCAACUACUGUAAACCGAUAUUAAUUCAAUAGCCAAUAUUCCUGGUUCAUAAAUUUAUAUGGAUGUAGUGAAUUAUAGAUUGUAAUUUUGUUUCAUACUUCAUAUCAUCCCAUGCAUAGAAUAUUAAGACUUUCAAAAGCCCAGUCCAUAAGUACUAUUUAUGCACUUUCACAUAGUGAAAUAAACCUGAUCUAGAGAAUAUUGUAUCCUAUUCUUUGGCCUGUGUACUGAACUGAUGGGCACCAAGUGUCCUUGUGCUUAGAAGUGCCGUUGUCACUUAUUUUCUGCACUUCUGUACUGUACAGUACAGUACUAUGAUUUUUUCAGCAAUACCUUAACUGAGAUAUUAAAGCAAAAUUUUAUGUUAGAAAUGCUGAAUAAGUUCUACAUAUCUUAAAGGAAAUCUGUUGAUAAACAGACUGACACUCGGCGAGGCGAGGCUUUCUUCGUCAACGUUUUGCUCUAGUGUGGGGCCUGAUUUAGGAGUAAUGUAUGGAAUAGAGAGUUAGAAGCAAAAUUAUUGUACAUUACUCCUUGAAAUUUUAAUAUAAUUCAAUUAAUAAAAGCUUAGAAAUCCAAAUUACUUCAUCAAUGGUUGACGGCUUGCCUAGGGCAAAGUAAAUCUUUGUUUUAAACAAAGGAAUUUUGGUGCAUACUUGCUCAAUCAGGUAAGUGGAUAUUAACAAAUACUGUAGUGUAUUCCUCUUGCAGUGAUCAAUAUUCCUUUGGGCAUAAACAACAUUGUAAUGUUUUUCCUACAAUCAGGCGAGCAACAUCAUUCCUAAUAAUACUUCACUAAAUUCAAACUUAAUGGACACAUCAAAAUGUGUAAGUCAUUGUUGAAGUUGGUGUUCGGUCCUGCAGUAACUUAUUUUUUCAAGAGAAACAUGAUUAUUAUCAUACACAUUCAUAGACAGAUAUCUUUUUGCUAGAUUGAACUAUAUCCUUUUAGAUAGCAUUAGUCGGGGAAUUUUUGCCCAAGACUUAUGUACGUAGCUUUACAAAUGCUAUAAAUUUCAGUAUAAUGGAGAGUUACACAAUGUUUUUAUAAGCAUAAUUGUUAGUUACUGGAAGAAAAAAAGCAUUUGGAACUUGGGCAUAUCACUUUAAAGGUGUGUUUAAAAUAAAUGAGCCUUAUAUGGAAAACUAUGGAGGGUGUCAAUUAAGGCUUUUAAUUUAUAAUAUUAAAUAUUUUCACCAUGCAUAUAGAAAAACACGUAAUUUUUUAUUUAUUUUUUUUAUUUACACUGAGGAUACCUUAUAAGAAGACUUUAAUUAAAACAUUGGUCGACAAGUCUUUAUAAAUCAUUUGGAGAUAGACAGAUUUUUGCAGUACUCUUUUAAGAUACUGUAAUUUAAUUUAAAUAUACCACUAUAGACAGUUCCUAAAGACCAUAUUUUUAACAUUGUAUCAGUUCCAAGGAACCACAGCUACACAUGCAGUGGCUGGAUAUUUGCUCUAACAUUUGCUUUCUUCUGUAUUCUGUUUUUUUUUCUGUAUAAAACCAAUGCUUUCAGUGACAACAACUGGUAGCUGAAAUGUAUUGAAAAUGUAUUGGAAGUCAUUAGCUAUUUCAACUAGAAUUUAUUAAGCAAAGAUUACUAAUUUAGUUCAACAUACAUUAAAUAAAUUUCAAAUAAAAUUUAGAAUAUAACCAAAUAUAAUGUUGCUAAGAAUCUAGAAACUUGUGAACUUUUUCUCAAUUGCAUAAACUGUUGCAGGGGGUAAUUAAGAUUAAAGGAAUGUACUAUUUUUGUAAAACAUACUAAUGCAUUUUUUUUUUUACUGGUAAUGCAAUCUUAUAUUAUGGCGGGUAUUUAUUUUCGAGUUGGAUGUGCGCGUGUGUGUGUGUAUGCAUGCUUUUUUGGUGGGUCGUCUGGUUUUAGACAUGGUAAAAUUCAUUGUUAGGAUUUAAUGACUAGAAUAUUUAAAGCUUGACACCAAAGAUAUUACAAUUAGAAUGUAAACUAAUAAAAAUAUGCUCCAAAAGAUUUAAUAAAGAAACUUUGGUUAACCAUACUAUAUUUCUUAAAUAUGGAUGCAAUCACUUUGAGAAGUUGGUGUUUAGAGUAAAAUCUGAAAAUAAUAAAUAUUUUGAGUUGAAAAUCUAGUUCUUAUUGAAGAAUAUUCACUAAAAUGUAUAUAGGAAAUUAAAUGUAUUAGUUUUCAGUCGGUGAACAGGACUGUGGCCAAAAUUGGAUGUUUACAUGAUUAUAGUAUAAGUGGCCUAAAACCUAGCUGGUAAUAGGUCAGAAACUUUUAUUUUUGUAUUAUUUAUAUUUUCAUAUGUGGCAUGGUUGCUCCUCUUGGUAUAUAGUUUUGUUUUGGGUCAAACAUCUCCACCAUGAGUUAUGUCCUCAGUAUUGUCUAUGGUAUGUACAGCCUUCCUCACUAUGAAUAAAGUAUACAGUAUGAAA